GCGGAUUCAAUGUACGGGCGGCGGCGGGGCGCUUGAAAGAGUUUCACCGCCUCCAGUCGCCAGUUCGCCUGCGCAGUGGGAGUGGCCAUCUGCUAACUCAAGGGGCACCAUUCUAGUGCUUACACCAUGGCAACAGAAGAAAAGAAACCCGAAACUGAAGCUUCUAAGACUCAAUCCACCCCAUCCUCGUCCAAUAAUCAGAGCAAGCCUGCACCAGUAAAGCCAAAUUACACUCUAAAGUUUACUCUAGCCGGACAUACUAAGGCCGUAUCAUCUGUAAAAUUCAGCCCGAAUGGGGAGUGGCUUGCCAGUUCAUCGGCCGACAAGUUAAUCAAAAUAUGGGGGGCGUAUGAUGGCAAGUUUGAAAAAACCAUAUCUGGACACAAGUUGGGAAUAUCAGAUGUUGCUUGGUCAUCUGACUCCAAUCUCCUGGUGUCUGCCUCUGACGACAAGACUCUAAAAAUCUGGGACGUAAGCUCGGGAAAAUGCUUGAAGACCUUAAAGGGGCACAGCAACUAUGUAUUCUGCUGUAACUUUAAUCCGCAGUCCAAUCUCAUUGUGUCAGGAUCAUUUGAUGAAAGUGUAAGAAUAUGGGAUGUGAAGACUGGGAAAUGCCUGAAGACAUUGCCUGCUCAUUCUGACCCCGUCUCUGCUGUGCAUUUUAAUCGUGACGGUUCCCUCAUUGUAUCCAGUAGUUACGAUGGUUUGUGCCGAAUAUGGGACACAGCGUCGGGGCAAUGUUUGAAAACACUCAUUGAUGACGAUAAUCCUCCUGUAUCUUUUGUGAAGUUUUCUCCAAACGGCAAAUACAUUUUAGCCGCUACCCUAGACAAUACACUUAAACUGUGGGAUUACAGCAAAGGGAAGUGUUUGAAAACAUACACGUGCCACAAGAAUGAGAAGUACUGCAUAUUUGCUAACUUUUCUGUGACAGGCGGCAAGUGGAUCGUGUCUGGCUCUGAAGAUAACUUGGUUUAUAUAUGGAACCUACAGACUAAGGAGGUGGUGCAGAAAUUACAGGGACACACGGACGUGGUGAUUUCAACAGCCUGCCACCCAACAGAAAACAUAAUCGCCUCGGCAGCACUAGAAAAUGACAAGACCAUCAAAUUGUGGAAAAGCGACUGCUAAAAGAAUUUCAAGUCCCGAUGUGCAGACUGUACCGGCAGAGGGGAACAAACCUCAUACAGGACCCCAAUAAUCCGGGGAAAUUUAAAGGAGACUCAAACAUACACUUCCCCCCCCCUCCUUUUUUUUUUUUUUGUUUUGUUUUUUUUUUUUUUGCUGGAGGAAAAAUUGUAUAUUUAAUGGAAUUUGAUGUGUAACAUCAGAAGAAAUUUUUUUUUGGGGGGAGAAAUCAAAUUUUUAGCAAUUUUCAUUGUCUGGCUGAUUAAAUGUGCGGUCAUGUUGCAUGCACCUAGAGGCAGAACAAAAACUGUCCCAGUCCAUUCAGUUCAUUUUCUCUCAAGACCACUGCCACUUGAAUUUUCCUUUUUUUUUGGUAAUUUAAAAAUAUAAUUAGAACCUACUACCUUAAAGGGGUUGUUCACCUUUAAAUGAACUGUUAGUAUGAUGUAGAGUGAUAUUCGGAGACAAUUUGCAAUUGGUUUUCAUUGUUUUUGAGUUAUUUUGCUUUUUAUUCAGCAGCUCUGGUUGCUAGGACCCAAAUUACCCUAGCAACUAUGCAUUGAUUUGUACAAGAGACUGGAAUAUGAUUAGGAGAGUCCUGAAUAGAAAGAUGAGUAAUAAAAAGUAAAAAUACAUUUGUAUUUGUUUUUAGAUACACUCAGAUAUAUUUAAAAGUUGGAAAGAGUCAGACGAAGAAAGCAAAGAAUUCAAAAACUAUAAAAAGGAAAAAAUGAAGACCAAUUGAAAAGUUGCUUAAAUUAGGUCAUUCUAGAACAUACUUAAAGUUAACUUAAAGGUGAACCCCCCCCCCCUUAAUACAGUAAUACUGGCAUACUUUAUGUCUAUUUCUGGGUGCAGUGUUGGUCACCAGAACCUUCAGGCUUUAAAGAGUACGUAAACCUAAAAAUGAAAUUUUGCUUAGUGAAAAAAGUAUUAUUUUUUUUUAAAUUAUGUAAAAUUUUAUAGUUUGGGUUUACCUAUAUGUUCACCUCCUUUUUCUUCCAGCCUGUUUUUUUCUUUUUGAGACCAAAUAAGCCACCUGCCGUUGCAAAUUGUUAAUUUUCAUUUUGCGGAAAGGGGACACACUGACCCCUUCUGUGUUUUUACUGUUGUAUAGAUGUUUUUUAUUUUUUUCCUUGCAAGGGUUUUUAUUAUGUUCUCUUCUUCCCGACCCCAUUGCAGUUGACCAGUUCACACCAUUUGGAUUGUAUUUAACCCAUUACUUAGGAACUCUUUGGAUAAAGUGUCAUUCUUUACUGCCGUCGUUUUUUGGGGGGGGGGAGGAACUGGCACGAGCAGUUUUGACAUUUUCAAACCCAUUGUAAAAUUUCAAUGUUAAAAGAAGCUUUUUUUUGUAUUUUGAAAAAUCAUAGUAUUGUAUUGCUUACGCCUCGUGUCUGUAUUUACUUCAGCAUUUUUUAUAUAUAUAUAUUUUUCACUUUUUAUUUUUAUUUUGGGGACAUCGUAAUACCGAACCAUAAUAAAAAGGUGGAUUCUUA